AUUUAACGUGGGGAUAAGGACUUAAUUUUUUUUAAUAAAAAAAUCAAGUCCUUAUCCCCCACGUUAUUUAAUUUUUUUGAAAAUGAGAAUUUGUUAAUGGUUAUGGAGAUUCGGCAAGCGAGGUUAGAGGGAAGAAAUGACAGAAAAAACAGGACAACCUACAAAAAAGAAACAAGAACCAUAUAGCCAUGAAUAGUAAACAACGAGAAAGACCAAACAAGACAGACCUAAGCAAAAAAGUAAGAAAGAAGGAGGUUUGCUUUGUUUUGUGUUUUUUUGGAUAGAUCUCUAAACAAAGCAACUAAUAGAGCUUAGAGAUUGAGAGGGGAGGGGAAGCCCCAACUUUGUAGGAAAAACAAAGCAUCGGAGCUACCGGAAGGGCUUCCCUUUCUUCCUAUCACUGUCUCUCUAUGUUCUUUUGCUAACACCACCUUGCCCCCUUUUCUUUUCUUCCCACUCUUUUUCGAUCCUUUCAGAAGGAUUUUCAUCGCAACCUUUUUCUGCUCCCCUCUCCAGGUAAUUUACAUGAAAAUGUUGAUUUAAUCUUGUGAAAGAUGUAUGAUUUUUAUUCUACAUGCUUUCUUAAUAACUCAAAUUAUCAAGGAAAAUAUUUCGAUGGGUGGAACAUUGAAAAAUUCACAAAUUGAAGAAGGUCAAGGAGAUUCAUUUUUACAUAAGAAAAAUGGAAUCCACGAGUUAAGAAGUGGAGGAAUCAACGUGUUCGAGGUGUUGUAUAGGGUACAAAAGCUUGAUUGUAAUCAAUUGGUUUUUUCUUCUCUUGAAUAUGGAUGUGAAAACUUGAAUGAAACUUGGGAAUUUGCCAACAAAAAACGAAAAUGGGAGAAAAAAAUUAGAGGAAAAAAAUGAAAUGAAUAACAUAUAUACCAUUGAGUUAUUGAAGGAGAAACAAGAAUUGAUCUUAUACUUGUAAAGAUAAUGGAAUGAAUAUGUUUUUCCCCUUAAUUUUCUGAAUUUCUUGUGUUUGUAACAGGGGCUUGGGAUCGAGAGAGUGGCAAUUACAGGGGAGGGGUGAAUAUUUUUUCGGCUUUGUUACUUCAAAUGCCAAAAAUUCUUUUGUCGAAGAUUCACGAGGCAGAAAGAUAAAAAAAAUAUCUUCUUUUCACAAGAGGGAAAAAAAUUAAAAAGAAAUGUCAAGCUCGAAUGAUGAUGGAUCCCCUUCAGCAACUCCGUCGACCACAAACUCACCCCCGAACCAAUCAGAUAAUGGUUCAACAAACAACAACAACAACAACAAAUCACCUCCAUCAAAUAACUCUCCACCGCAACCGAAGAACUCCAACUCACAAAAUGAAAAUCCAAACUUUGGUUCCCCACCAGCACCGCCUCAACGUCGUGAAGAAGGCGGCGGCGGAGGCAACAUUCAAAACAACAACAACAACCAAAACAACAACAAUAGAAAUGGCGAGACAAAUGUUCACGAGAUUGUAGCACCACCAGGAGCAGGUCAGCCAUCGCACGAGAACAAGGCAAUAGCGCCACCGGGAGUGGAGCAGUGGAAAAGCGCAACCAAAGGGUUAACCCAAGACCAAAUUAAGCUAAUUGCCGGAAUAUCUGCCGGGGUUGGGUUGUUCUUCAUCUUAUUGAUAAUCAUUUGUUGCAUUUGUUGUUGUCGGAAGAAGAAGAAGAAGAAUAAGCAAGAACACAUACACCAUUAUUACGGCGAGUACCCAAUGGGUCCCCCACCAGAGCAGUACUAUAUGAAUAGCGGCCAACACCCUCCACCUCCUCAAAAAUGGCAACAAUCGCAACCACCGAUGGGGAUGAAUUACAGCGGCGGACAGCCUGGGAGCGGGUGGCAAGGUGGGCCUCCUCCGAUGAUGUCCAGUGGGGACAUGACUAGCGCCAAUUACUCCAACCUCCAGCCGCCGCCCCCGCCGCCAACGAUCUCGGUUGGUUUUAAUCAAAGCACUUUUACAUUUGAGGAGUUGCAGGCUGCAACGGGCGGGUUUGCACAGUCAAAUCUGUUGGGGCAAGGUGGGUUCGGGUAUGUUCAUAAAGGGGUUUUGCCUAAUGGAAAAGAAGUGGCGGUAAAGAGCUUGAAAUCUGGUAGUGGGCAAGGUGAGAGGGAAUUCAUGGCAGAGGUUGAGAUUAUCAGUCGGGUUCAUCAUCGACAUCUUGUGUCGCUCGUUGGGUAUUCGAUUACUAAUCAACAGAGGUUGUUGGUUUAUGAGUUCCUUCCUAAUGACACUCUUGAAAAUCAUCUCCAUGGGAGGGGCCGUCCAGUUAUGGAUUUUCCUACUAGGCUCAAGAUAGCAUUAGGCUCCGCCAAGGGACUCGCCUAUCUCCACGAAGAUUGUCACCCGAAGAUCAUUCAUCGGGACAUCAAAUCUUCCAACAUACUCUUGGACUUGAACUUUGAAGCUAAGGUGGCUGAUUUUGGGUUGGCCAAGCUCUCUACGGACAAUCAUACUCAUAUAUCCACACGAGUGAUGGGCACGUUUGGGUAUCUGGCUCCAGAGUAUGCAUCAAGUGGGAAGCUGACAGAGAAAUCUGAUGUGUUCUCGUUUGGGGUCAUGCUCUUAGAACUCAUCACAGGGAAGAGGCCCGUGGAUCCAACCAAUGUCAUGGAAGAUUGCUUGGUGGAUUGGGCACGCCCUCUCAUGACCCGAGCGUUGGAUGAAGGCAACUUAAAUGAGUUGGUUGACCUUAAAAUGGAGGGCAACUUCAACACUGGAAAGAUGCUAAGAAUGAUCGCAUGUGCCGCUGCCAGCAUUCGCCACUCUGCCAAAAAGCGUCCUAAGAUGAGCCAGAUAGUGCACACAUUGGAAGGAGACGCAUCUUUGGACGACUUGAACGACGGGAUCAAGCCCGGCCAAAGUUCUAUCUUUGGCGCAGCCGGGGGUAGUGGCGGCGAGUACGACAUCAGUGCUUACAACGCUGACAUGGAAAGAUUCCGACAAGUGGCAUUGGCAAGCCAGGAAUUCUCAAGCAGUGAACAUGAGACCACUUCAUCAAGCAGCGAUUCUCGAGACAUGGCACCGGCCGGCCUUCGCAGGUACAAUUUGUAAACGGAACUCACAACUGGUUGUAACCAACAAACAAAGCUCGACAAACAUUGGAGGGGGAAGUUAGAAGAGGAAAAUGAGAGACUUUACUGAAUAGAGUGCAAAAGAAAGAAAAAAAUUAAUGUUAGGCAUUCAAUUGAAGUCUUUUUACUCUCAGUUGUUUUUGUUGUGCAAAUGUAUGUUUUUUUAAUGGUAGGACAAACCAAGAGGAGAAAGUAUUGGAAAAGAAAAAAAAAAGCGGAAAGAGGAAGACCAAAAAAAAAAAAGAAAAAAACAAUUGUUAAGCAUUUGAUGUUGGAUCUUUAUUUAUAGUACUGACUGGAAAUUUCUCUUUCUUUCUUUCAUUUUAUUAUUUCGUAAGUGGACAAUUAAUUUCUCAUUCAUCCUUUUUGUGGUUUGUAACAUUUGAGUAAUGAAAAGUGGAGACACAU